AUGACUGUACAAGAUAUGGAUAUUUACUUGAACGUUUCUACAGAUCCUGUGGGCAACAAGAAAACAGGAAUAGAAGAUGAUUCUAUUCUUAGUUUCAUGAGGAAGCAAAAAAAUGCAGUAACGAAAAGUAAAUCAGAUACAAAGAGUAAAUCAGAAAAUGUUUCUGUUAAGGAAACUAGUAAUACUAAAAAAAGAAUUAAACAAAAGUCUUUAAAACAAAUUGUUGCACAAAGAUUGCAAAAGUCUAGUACACCCGAUAACAGUCAAUCUUCUAUUGAACGAAAUAAACUAAAGACGCAAGUAAAUAUUAAGCAUAAGCAGUCACAACGAGAAGUAUCGAAAGCAUCUACAGAAAUACAUAAAAGCGAUAGAGAAAAAAGUAACAAAACUGAAGAAACUUCCAAUGAACCUAUUAUUUCAUUCACUAAAGUUACCAAAGAAAAUUUUGGUAAAACAUUAUUAGCAAAGAGGAGAAAUACUACAGAUAGAAAUUCUAAAAAAACACUGUCUAGCAUUUUUUCUAAGUCAUCAGAAUCUGAAACGAAAGAUGUUAGUUUGUUAAAUUCGUUAAGAGGUGUAAAAGAGGAAAAACAAGUUAUACCUAAAAAGAAAAUUAAAAAGAUAUCCGAAGAGGAAUCUAAAAAAGCUUUCGAUUCAUCGGAGAAAGUAAAUCUUGGGAAGAAAAAGAAGAAAAAACAACCAGAGAAAUUGGAAAUUGAAAAUAAUGGAAAGGUAGAAGAUAAAAAGAACACAAAUGUUUCUCAUAAAUCUAUUGGAAAAAUAUCUUCCUUAUUUGGGCAUAAUCCAGAAAUACCAAAUAUUGGACAAAGAUUAGUAAAACCAAUAAAUGAGCCAGUAUUUACAGGAACAACCUUUACCGAUCUUGAUAUUAACCCUUUCAUGAUAUCUAAUUUGGAACAAAACAUGCGUAUCACUAAAAUGACCGUAGUUCAACAAAAAGCAAUUCCACAAAUACUUUCAAGAAAAGAUGUUCUAAUCAGAUCUCAAACUGGUUCUGGAAAGACAUUAGCAUAUGCUUUACCCAUAGUUGAAUGUUUACAUAAAAUCAGACCUAAAUUAAAUAGAAAUAGCGGUUUAAAGGCUCUUGUGGUUGUACCAACUAGAGAAUUAUCAUUACAAACUUACGAGUGUUUCUUGAAAUUGAUAAAACCAUUCACGUGGAUCGUACCAGGUUAUUUGGCAGGGGGUGAAAAGAGGAAAGCAGAGAAAGCUAGGCUACGAAAGGGGUGCAAUAUCUUGGUCGGUACACCGGGUAGAUUGUUAGAUCAUAUAAAACGAACGGCAGCUUUAAAAUUGAACGACGUUAAAUAUUUCGUUCUAGACGAGGCGGAUAAUAUGUUCGAUAUGGGAUACGAAAAAGAUAUAUCCGGUAUAGUGAGUGCUUUGAAGGUGACAACUCCAAGUCAAAAUACGGGAUACGAUGCCAUGAAAAUGUUACGGGGAAACAUAAAGAAGGUUUUCACCGACGAAGACUUGGAUCGUAUAGAAAAGAAUGAGGAUUUAAAAGAAUCAAGAGACGAUGACCAAGGAGAUUCAAUCGUCAAGCCAAACAAGAGCACAGAUUCAGAAUCUGAGCGUGAUUGCUUCGAAGAUAAACAAAAACAAGUGUAUCAUUCGAGCAGCGAUACUGAUUCCGAUCAAGGCGAGCCUUAUAUUAAAUCAAAAAAAUCAGAUAGGCGGAAAGUUUGCAGAGAUUUUACCGCAAAAAACGAAUCUGACGUACGAAAAGAUAAGACGCAAGAGAAAGAAGAUAAUAAUAGCAGUCAGGAUGAGUCAAGAAGGCAGACAAUUUUACUUUCCGCAACAUUGACACAGGCGGUAGAAAAAUUAGCGGGUCUUGCUAUGGAUCGUCCGGUGUUCAUUGAUGCCGCGAAAGAGAAUUUAGAAACGACCGGUGUCGACGAGAGUGAGCUCAACGAGGAUUUAGUGGUCCCACAAAGCGUGAAUCAAAGCUAUAUCGUUACCCCUCCGAAACUGAGGAUAGUGACCUUAAGUGCAUAUAUCGCAGGAAAGUGCAAGAGCCACGGUCAACACAAAAUAUUGAUAUUUAUGGCUACUCAAGAUAUGGUUGAUUAUCACGCCGAGAUUUUAUCGUCGGUAUUAACUAAACCUAUCGACGAAGAUGACGAUGAUUCCGACCCUUUGGUCGACGUGGAAUUCUUCAAAUUGCACGGCAGCAUGAGUCAAAAAGAGCGAACCGAGGUGUUUAAAACUUUCAGACUGGCAAAAAGUGGGGUGCUGCUUUGUACGGAUGUCGCAGCCCGAGGUUUGGACGUGCCAAAAGUGGACUGCGUGGUUCAGUACACGGGACCGACGUCGGCUAGGGACUACGUGCAUCGAAUCGGUAGAACCGCGCGGGCUGGUUCUUCCGGUUCGGCGACGAUCUUCCUAACACCGCCAGAAAUUGAAUUCGUACGAAUGCUCGAGUCUAGACGUAUCAGGAUCAGACAGGAGAACAUGGACGACGUCUUGGAUAAGCUUCUGGGCCCCCUGUCCAAACAUUCCUCGGUUCAUAACGCCGCUAUUGCGCUGCAGAAUGAAUUCGAAACCAUGGUGAUCGAGGACUCGAAGCUACGGGAAAAGGCGUACAAAGCGUACACCUCGUGGAUACGUUUCUACUCGAGCUACCCCCGCGACAUGCGAGAGAUCUUCAACCGGAAGGACGUCCACCUGGGUCACUACGCGAAGAGCUUCGCUCUGAGAGAGACGCCUCAACGAAUCGGUGGAAUAGGGAAGAAGCUGUACGAGAAAGACAACUCGAAGCCGCAGCACAGGAACAGGCUAGCGGACGAGAAGCCCGACGGGGAGCCGGCAAAGAAGCAGAAGCGUCAAGGUGACGAACCGAAGAUGGGGUUGCUGAAGAGAGUCAGAAUGCUUAACACCUCCGAGUACGACAGCGGCCUCGAGCCCGUGAAGAAGCCAAAGAAAUCCUGAGCUUCGCAUUAUCGCCUCGACUACUAGUAAACAGAAUGCGAUUUCGUUACCGUGAUUCCCACCUCUCGUGUAAAUACC